AUGAGAGUCGCCAGUCGACUCAACCGAUUUCGGGUUCGGUGCGUUCAUCUUGUUUUCUGCGGAAUAAUCUUUUGUGCUAUUUAUAUUGUUUUGUAUCGAGAUCUUGGAAUAAGCUUACCGGCUGCAGAGCUUGACAACAAACCGGUCGAAGUUCCGUUAAGGUACGUUGAACUUAUGACAAAAACAGAUAGGGCCAGGGAGGGUUGUUUGGGUGUGAUCACUGAAACGUUUAUUUUAGAUGUUGUUAUUGAUCAAAGUAAUUGCUAUAACUGUUUGGUGCUUGAGGUGAACUCACUUUACAUUCUUCUCUGGCCUCAUUGAGACUGAUGAAGUUAAUUGAUGACAAACUGUUAACUUUAUUACCGACCAAGUUUAAUUAAAUCGAUACGCAGCUUCCAUUGAAAGUUUCUGAUGAACUCAAACUAAUGCUGGUAACCUGUUUCCCUGAGGCGGACCAGGUCCAAGACUAUGAUUUAGUGGGCGAGACAACUCAAACCAUCACUAGUAGUUAGAGUAAUGACACAGUCAAUGGCACUCAACUGGUCCCAAUAAAUUACCUACAUUCUUUCAUGCCGUUCUAGGCUGUUUAAAUGUGAGAUCGAAGAUCGGGAGAUGAGAGGUCUGGCGUCUGUCUUUCCUCUUUAAUAGUAAGAUGACCACAGGAUGUUUCGAAAAUAUGGGGCAAAUAGUUUUUAAAAGGUGAAAUUUAGUAUGAAAAAGCUAAACCAGACGUUCAAUGUAAUUCAUUGCGUAUUAAAGUGACCUUUAGUAAAUAAUUCUUUAUCAAUGUUCAGAUGAACCAUCAGUCGUAAGUAAGAAGCAAUAUUUUUAAAAUAAAGUAUUGUAAUAACAUUACGUUGCAACAUUAUCCAAAACAAUAUACAAUCAAUAUCGUUUUUUUCUGGGCCAGGUUCCGAAUUGCAGAUGGUUGGGUGUGGAAAGACGACAUCGACUAUAGCGGAACAGUUCGAAACAUGAUAAACACCAACGUCAUAGACAAACCAGAAUCUAACCAAUCAAACAACGAAUUACCUCCAUCAGUUGCGCAAGAUACUGGACUGGACUACGGGCAAGGACGGUAUCUUGAAUUGGAAGGUGUGGAAGAUUAUAUCUUGUGGCAAAAAGGAUACAUGGAGCCCACCAAAAAACAAGUCAAUAGAAAGUGAGUGUCAGAGUUACCUUCAAACACGUAAGUCUCAUGACAAUUGCUCGAGUCCUUCGCGUUACGUCUAUCAACCACUGUCAGCACUUUUUCAUGCUCUGAACAGCUUUAUUGACCAUAAAUAUUUAUGAGUAGGAACGUACGGCGACUUGUGUCAUUCGUGCUUUGACCUACCAAAGAAAUUCGUGGUCUCAGUUGAGUAAUAUUAUACGGAAUUUCUUAUCAAUGCAUUGUAGUACAGCACAGACUUGGAGUUGUUCGGUUUGCUUGUUAAUAAGUGCCUUUAAGAUGGUUUAACUGUCAAUCAGUUAAACCAGCUUCAGUUACAAGGUUGCCAUUGAGCGAUUUUGCGCAUCUUCUUGUUAAGUUCUCUAGUUGGAGCUCCUUCUCUGAGUGUGAGUAUUCUCGUUGAAUCAUUUGCCAGAGUUUAACCUCAGAUAUUCCUUUUAUAAAUAUUGUAGAAUCCGUAGCUGUAAGAAGGCAAUCCAGAAUGUUCUUUUCCUCAAGACACACUAUACAGGAAGUGACAUCGUUGCCAAUAUCCUAAAUCGAUUCGCCGAUUUACGGAACCUGCGCAUUGCCCUACCUAGCGGAGGACUGUCGACAUUUUAUUGGCCUUCAAGAUUCCACUGGAAAUAUGUGGACAUCAUGUUAUUGGACGGAACCCUCCCCAACAUACUUUGCAAUCACGCUCGUUUUAAUGGUGACGUCAUGGAUGAGAUUAUGCAAUCGCAGACAGCUUUCAUUACUAUAUUACGUGACCCGGUGUCUCAUUUUGAGGUGACGUUUCGAAACUUGGAUUUUCAGGAAAUCCUAGAAAUUGGAGAUCAACAAUAUCCUUUUCUGAAAUUUUUGGAAAAUCCUCGAAAAUACAUUGGAAGAGCCAUUCAGCGCAAGAGAUUCAAGGUAAACUUUCGUUCAUAAUGCCUUAUGAUGUUGUCUCCCCAGCGAGUUUGCUUACCCAGGAUAUUUUUAAUGUUUGGCUCAUAUACGAUCAGCUAGUUGUUAUAAACUGAUUCAAUGAUGAAGGAUCAUUUUCAAAGUGUUCCCAUCUUCCUACAUACAUUUCAAACAUACACUGUUAGGUUCCAGGCGUAACAGGCAUUGUCAGAUAAACUAACUGGAAAUAUCACUCAAAAUUUGAAUACGAGCCCAUCGGAGCCCGCUCGUCGGAUGAAUUUACCCAGUCUGGUGAUAGAGAAAACACAAGCGGCCAACACAAACAUGAGCACUACACAAUUAAAUAUUCUUUAUGACGGCCCGAUAUAAGUGCGUAACACAUUGACAAGCACAAUGCACAUGUUACAUAGCUCUUUCUUUAAUCCACAAAGCAAAACGGCAUACUCAAAGCUCAACACAGACUGACGUAAUACACAUAUUAUACCUUGCUAUUGGAAACAUGAGGAGAGACAGCCCGUUACAAUCGUGCAACACAGACAAGCGCGAUAUAGAUGUAAAAAAACAUUUCAUACAAUAAGCGACAAGGACGCUGAUGACUGCCCUGAACUCACGCACGACUCUCAGGAUCUGCAGAGUUCCUCUCAGAAACCGGAAAUCGACCCAUGUACGUGCGGGAUGGGAAAAUACAGCAUAAAGCUUGGCGGGAUUUUGGAUAUUACCGCUUCCCUAGCCCAACCUUCACCAAAUUUGAGUUCGUAGUGACAGAUUCUUUUGCUUUUCUGUCGGAAAACGAGUAAUCGUCAUGACCCGACUAAACGUUCCUUUCUGUCAAAUCGAGGUACUAAGAUAUAACACUUAUUAUCAUCGGCUUCAAUACACGAAUGUUACGAUUAGUUCAGUUUUGGUACUUUUUUGACUUUUGUAUUAGCAUCCAUACUGACUUGCUGUGUUUUGCAGGAUUCUCUGAAUCUCAUAAAAAAUGGGAUGUUCUUCGAUCUUGGACUCCGAACCACGGAUUACCACAAACCAGAGAUGGUACGAGACGCCAUAUUAGAUAUUGACGAUAAAUUCACCCUGGUACUUAUCUAUGAAUACUUGGACGAAUCACUGGUGAUGUUGAAGAGAAAAUUAUGCUGGGAAUUAGAUGAUGUUGUAUAUCUUAAGUUUCAUUAUCAACUCCAUGGUGGAAGAACCCACCAGAAUACCAGUGGUAACAUCACUGAACAAAUUUACCGCUGGAACAAUGCAGACACGAUGUUGUAUCAAUUCUUUAACGAGACACUUUGGAACGAGAUCCGUCUCGAAGGAAAAGAGUUCUUCGAGGAACUCCACGAGUUUAGAACUAAACACGAAGAAAUGGAGCAUGAUUGUCUAGGAAAGUCGAUGAAUUUAGCAAAAAUACAGUUGAACCAGGCAGUUUCGUCGCUGAAUCGAUAUCUGUGCGAAAAGAUGCUCUAUCGAGAUAUAGAAUAUUUGCAUUACUUUCGACGAAAGAUGGAAAAUAACAAAAGACGAACACCAACCAACAGUAUUGGCUCGGGGAAUGGGUCUAGUACAAUUCUAACACAAGGAAGUGCAGUAAAACCCCCCUUACAAAGAAACGAGACAGACACAGGUUCGGUUUCAAAACGAUAA